AUGACAUUACUAACAAUUGGAGAUGAUGUGAAUGAUGAGUUUUUCGACCACGCUGAGGAAAUUCUUACUAAAAUGUCCGAAUUCCAAGAAAAAGAUUCAGGAUGGGCUUUAUUAAGAAUAUGCAAACUGGACAUAAAUGUGAAUAAAGCGAAUUUAACACGCGGUUCAAUGUUUAUACCAACACCUCCUACACUGCAUGCAAAGAAGGGUUGCCUAAAUAUAAAAAACAAAGAUCAAUAUUGUUUUAAAUGGUGUUUAGUGGCGGCAUUAGGAGAGCCUGCUUUUGGCGAUAUCUGUGAGACAUCAUCAUAUAAAAUAGACAUCACACAGGAAGUGAUAGCUCUUCAAUCUGGGGUAGUGCUUGAUUUCCGUGGACUAAAUUUCCCGUUAUCAUUGAAGAAGAUUAAACAUUUUGAGAAAAUGAAUGCAGAUAUCAGCAUAAAUGUUUUUGGCUUUGAAAAUAAUGAAGUUGUUGGGCCUUAUUACCUGACAAAGAACGAAAAAGAUGUCCAUGUAAAUUUAAUAUUGCUGUAUAAUGACAACAAAUUCCAUUACAUAUGGAUUGAAGAUAUGUCAAGAAUUUUAAGAUCACAGUUGACACGCCACAAAACCCAUGUUCACAUUUGCAAUAGUUGCCUUCAACAUUUCACAGAUGAAGACAAAUAUAAUGGUCAUAAAAAAGGUUGUGGAGGUGUUGUUUGUACACUUCCGGAGAAAGACAAAGCUUUAUUGAAGUUUAAGAACUACGGAAAGAAGGAGCGUAUAGCUUUCGUCAUUUAUGCAGACGCCGAAUGCAUACUGGAAGACGUAGCGGACGUUGUUGGCGGAAAUACCAAAAAGGAAAUGAUUUCUUUGACACCCUUAGAACUAAAGCAAUUUAACGAAAGUAUGAACUGUCACAUAUGUGAGGCUCCUCUUGCUAAUGAUAAAGUAAGAGAUCAUUGUCACUUGACGGGAAGAUAUAGGGGAGCCGCACAUAACAAGUGCAACUUACAAUACAGAGUUCCUAAAUUCAUACCGAUACUUUUCCAUAAUUUGUCAUCUUAUGACUCGCAUUUGUUUAUUAAAGAGUUGGCACAGUUUGAGGGAGACAUUUUUGUAAUUGCUCAAAAUAAAGAGCAAUAUAUAUCAAUGUCCUUCAAAAUUCCCAUGAAGGAUGAUUCAGAUUCUCAACAAAAUUUACAAAGAACAGAUACUACUAACGGCAAUCCAGAAAAGAAUAAGAAUAAACGUAGAACUCUUGAAUUACGCUUUUUAGACAGUUUUAGGUUUAUGCCGGCGAGCUUGGACAGCCUAGCAAAGAAUCUUCCACAAGAAGCUUUCAAGGCUGUCCGUUCCCAAUACCCCAAUGAUGAUGAUUUUAAACUAAUGACCAGAAAAGGUAUUUUUCCUUAUGAAUACCUCACAUCAUUUGGAAAGUUGACAGAACAGCAAUUACCGCCAAGAACGGCAUUCUACAAUAAUCUGACUGAUAGUGAGUGUUCAGAGGAAGAUUACAAGAUUGCACAAGAAGUUUGGACACAUUUUGGUUGUAAAACCAUCCAAGAGUACAUGGAACUGUAUUUAAAAACAGACGUCUUAAUACUCACAGAUAUAUUUGAAAGUUUCCGAAAUUUAUGUAUGAAUAUACACAAAUUGGAUCCGUGUCAGUAUUUAACAACUCCAUCUUUAUCUUGGGAUGCCAUGUUGUUGUGCAGUGAGGAGGAGCUGGGACUCUUCGAAGAUAUUGAACAGUACCUUUUUGCUAAAGAAUUCAAUUAG